CUGAGCCCUACAGACACAUUGACACAGAGCCAGACAGAGCUGCCUGCCCUCCCAGCCCAGCCAUGAGUGCCCUCGGCUUUGACCCUUACUACUCAUCCUCCUCCUAUCGCCGCUGGCACGUGGAGGGUGCCCCUCGCGGAGUGGUGACCAAGGGGAGGUCACGAUCGGCCUUCUCCUCCCACGCCUCCCACGCCUCCCACGCCUCCCCCCUGAGCUCCCGUCUGCAGUACUCCUCUCCUGGCCAGGCUCUGCAUUCAUCCAUGGCCUCUUCCUCCUCUGUGGAACUGGAGCUGAGCCAGGCGACCCAGGUGAGCUCUGAGUUCCGCACAGUGAGGACCCAGGAAAGGGCCCAGCUGCAGGACCUCAACGACCGCUUCGCUGGCUUCAUCGAGCGUGUGCGGGAGCUGGAGCAGCAGAACCGUGCACUGGAGGCUGAGCUGGUGAUGCUGAGGCAAAGGCACGGUGAACCCUCCCGCCUGGCGGCCCUGUAUGAGCAGGAGGCGCGGGCCCUGAGGGCCGCCGUGGAUGAGGCGCGUGGGGAGCAGCAGGCCGCCCUGGGCCAGAGGGAGCGUCUAGAGCAGGCCCUGAGCGCCCUGCAGGCCCGCUAUGAGGAGGAGGUGGUGGCCCGCGAGGACGCGGAGGGCAGGCUGCUGGAUGCACGGCGUGGGGCCGACCAGACUGCCCUGGCCAGGGCUGAGCUGGAGAAGAGGGUGGAGACCCUCCUGGACGAGGUGGCCUUCCUCAAGAAGCUCCACGAGGGGGAGGUGGUGGAGCUCCAGGCCCAGGCCCAGCUGGGGGCCCAGGUGGCUGUGGAGAUGGAGGCAGCCACACCAGACCUGUCCGGUGCUCUGAGGGACAUCCGGGCCCAGUACGAGAGGCUGGCGGCCAAGAACAUGCAGUCUGCUGAGGAGUGGUUCCACGGGAAGGUGGGCUCCCUGACGGAGAGUGUUGCCCAGCACAGCGACGCAGUGAGGAGCUCCAGGGAUGAGGCAGGGGAAUACCGCCGGCAGCUCAAGGCCCACCUGCUGGAGAUCGAUACCUGCAGGGGCCUCAACAAGUCUCUGGAAAACCAGUUACACAUCAUGGAGGACAAGCAGAGCGCUGAGAUCAGCAACAUGCAGGACACUAUUGGCCAGCUGGAGAAUGAGCUGAGAGCCACCAAGCAGGAGAUGGCUCACUACCUGAAGGACUACCAGGACCUGCUGAAUGUUAAGAUGGCCUUGGACAUUGAGAUCGCUGCCUACAGGAAGCUGCUGGAGGGGGAGGAGUCUCACUUCAGUGUGGGCGGGUCAGGGGGUAUGUCCAGUGUCUAUGGCCACACCUUGUCAGUCAUGCCCUCCUUCGGCCGCUCCAUGUUCUCAAUGCAGUCUAGCCUGAGCUCUGGCACCCCCUACCUGAUGACCUCACGCUUCCUCAGCUCCUCAUUUGUCUCUGGAGAAGACAUCAUCUCUACCAGCCUGGCCCAACGGGACUCUGCCAGCCCACCACAGGAGGAGGAAGAGGAGGAGAAGGAGAAGGAGGAAGAGGAGGAGAAGGAGGAGGAAGAAGCAGAAGAGAAGAAAGAGGAGGGACAGGAGGAGGAAGAAGAGGAUGGAGAGGAGAAGGAGGAAAAGGGAGAAGAGAAAGAGGAAGAUGGGGAUGAGGGAAGCGAGGAUGAGAAGGAAGAUGGAGAGGAUGCUAAGGAUGGAGAUCAAGGUGGAGAUGAGAAGGCAGAAACUGCAAAAGAGGAUGGAGAGAAAGAGGAAGAUAAGGACGAGGGUGGGGGGCAGGAUGGAAAGGAAGGUGUGGAAGAGGAGGGGGUAGAAAAGGAGGGAGGAGAUGAUGAAGAUGAAGAGGUGAAAGAUGAAGGUAAAAGUGAGGAGAAAAAAGAUGACGAAGCAGAAACCAAAGAAGAGAAGGGCGAACCAGAGAUGUCCAAGAGUGAGGAGAAGAGAGAAAAACCUGCCGAAGAGAAAGACCAAUCUGAAAAACCAAAGGCUAAAAAGUAAGUUUGUGGCCCAAGACCACACAAGCCAAAAGACAGUCUAAUAAAACCUCAGCUCGGCAAACAGCAGAAAUACCCAACAUAAUCGACUCCAGUGUGCUUGUAACAAGGUGCUCAAUACAAUGUAUUUUAGUGCACUAAUGCAUCAGAAUCAAGGUUAUCUGCUAGCAGUUAUAAAUCAAUAAAGUCAAUAAAGGUCACACAAUUCCUGUAGUGUGUGUGUAAGGGUGUGUGUGCUAUGCCUGUGCAAGUCUGUGAGAGUGUGGUUUUGGAUGGUUGAAUAAAUACUUUUGAAAGCCAUGCCGAGUGUGUAAUUGAUUGUUUUUGUCCUUACACUGAAUCA